UUUGUCCAUAUACAGCAUUUGUGACAGCUUUUCAUAGAAGAGGGAUUGGGAUAAAAUCCUAUCUUUUAUUACUGCUCUCUAGUUAUUUCUGAAUUGUGCUGGUAUAUGUGUGUUACUAAAGUCUUUCUGAUAAUGGGGCAAUUUCAAAGGUUAGGAAAAAUCCCCAAUGAGUUGCUGAUCUCCUAGUACAGCGUCCAGUCCGGUUUUUAACAGUACCCUAGAGUGUGUUUGGUUGGCAGCUGUGCCGUAAGUAUUGGUUAGUGACUAGAGAGACGGUUUCAUAGCUGGACUUGCUACAUUAACUGAUGAGACAAUAUGGUCUGGUUCUUGCUAGAAUUUGCUGUAAACCAUUUCUUACUCACUAGCAUCUGCUGCUUUUUGGGAUCUUUAGUGAUAGUAAAAUGUGUGGAGCAUCUUCGCACAAGGAUGAAGAUAGAAAAAGCACAAAGGCAGAGGGACAUAGCUUUCCAACUAAUGGAGAAAACCGUUACAGACCUAAAGAAGCAGCACGGGGAAGUAGAUCCAGCAAGUAUACUUUCCUUGUCAUUGGCAGAGCUCGCUAACCGGCUAAAAGAUGGCUCCUUGUCUCCAGAAAGUGUCCUUUGGGUCUACAUAGAAAAGGCAUUGGAAGUGAACAAGGAACUGAACUGUCUGACAGAUUAUCUGCCCGAGUGUGAAGCUCAUCUCCAGUCAGUGAAAAACCAGAAGGAGAAAGGUCUCCUCUAUGGAGUUCCUAUAAGCCUAAAGGACCACGUUGGAUACAAAGGCCACGACUCUCACUGUGGACUUGUGCAUUUUUCUGGAAUUCUGGAAAAAGAGGAUAGCGUGAUUGUGCAGGUUUUAAAAAAACAAGGAGCUAUACCCUUUGUAAAAACCAACAUCCCACAGUCCAUGAUAAACUUUGAUUGCAGCAAUUCCAUCUAUGGCCAGACCUUGAAUCCGCACAACCACUCUAAGACCUGCGGGGGUUCCAGUGGCGGAGAAGCAGCUCUUGUUGCUGGUGGAGGAUCAGUCCUAGGCGUAGGCUCAGAUGUCUUAGGAAGCAUACGAAUGCCUUCCAGUUUUUGUGGCAUCUGUGGACUCAAACCCUCAGGGUACCGAUUAAGCUCCUUGGGAUUUACUACGCCAGUUAGUGGAAUGAGAUCAGCUGUGAUGAUGCCUGGACCAAUGGCAAGAGACGUUGACAGUCUGGCUAUGUUUAUGAAAGCCGUGUUAUGUGAUGAAAUGUUUGUGCUGGACCCAACAGUACCCCCUGUCCCAUUUAAGGAUGAGAUAUAUAACAGCUCAAAGCCUUUGACUAUUGGAUUUUAUGACACUGAUGGGUAUUUUCUGCCACCCCCUGGGAUAAGAAGGGCUAUUCAAGAAACCAAAACUCGCCUGGAAGAGGCUGGCCACAAGCUUGUACCUUUCACCCCACCUCGGAUAGAAUAUGCAUUGAAUGAGCUUUGUAUAAGAGGAUUCUUUGCAGAUGGAGGUUCUACUCUGGCAGAAAAAUUCGAUGUGGAUAUUGUGGAUCCCCACCUGAAGCAGCAGGUCUUUCUCUACAGAAUCCCAACCAUUGUGAAGAGGAUUGUGUCUUUCUUUAUGAGGCCGAUGUUUCCACGAAUUGCAAAUCACCUGAAUGCACAUUGUGGAGCUGGCUCUGUGAAAGGACUGUGGAAACAUAACGCUGCAAUAAAGGAGUAUCGUUGUGAGUAUAUAGCCGAAUGGAAGAAACUGAACAUGGAUGCCCUGCUCUGCCCCAUGUUGGGACCGGCCUUCAACAUUGGCUGCCCAGGAAAACUAUUUGCUGGGUUUUGCUUCACAAUGCUGUUCAACAUCCUGAAUUUUCCUGCCGGGGUUCUGCCUGUGACCACUGUUACUGAGGAGGAUGAGGAAGAACUCAAGGUUUACAAGGGAUACUUUAACGAUCCUUGGGACCAAGAGGUCAUUAAGGGCAUGGAAGGAGGUGUGAGUCUGCCAUUGUCUGUGCAAUGUGUGGCAUUGCCAUGGCAAGAGGAGAUGUGUCUACGUCUGAUGAAAGAGGUGGAGACUGUAUCUUGUGGGCAUCUGAAGAAGUGAAGAUAAAGACAGCUGGGAUUGCUGCAAAAUGCGUAGGGAUCCUUCUCAUUGUCACUAAUCAGCAAUUUAACAAUGGAUACAAAAAAAUAUCUUACGGUGCUAAUUUCAGUAUUUGACACAACUUAAAUACUUUCUAGCAUGUAAAACUUGGCAUUGCAACAAUUAAACAAUGUAUGCCAGUAAAAUGUCUGUAUAUUACAUUAAAUAAAUCCAUCUGUUUUACUGUA